AUGGCGAUUCCUGGUGUUGUCAGGAGAUCGGCUAGGGCCCGGGAGUGUUUGCUUGAAGUUAAAAGGCUAGCUGAGCCUGGGCGUACAGGGAUUGCACGUCUCCCAAAGACUCGCAGGCUCCUUCUAGAUCUGCAGCCUAUCCUUGAAGAUUCGACGAGCCAAAGCACCGCUGAUGAAGGGAACCCCGCCCAGCCCACUGCCGCCUUGUCGAUCACAACCCCACUUCCUGUACAUCAUGUACUUGGGAACCAAGAGCCCUCUGGUCUACCCCAUGCCGUGCCGUCUACUAUUAUGCCGUCUACCAUUACAACUUUCCCAGCGGACUACAUUAACACUGCUGAUGAGCCUCCCUAUCCAUUUCCAAUGGGGUCAUCUGUGCGUGAUGUCAACUUCAAUGAAGAAUCCCUGGAUCUCCGAGCACAAACCCUAUUCCCUCUUUCUGACCACGGUUCAGGGGAGGGGUCUACUUCCAUUGUUCCUAUCCUUCCCGACAUGAUGCCAUCCUUCCCCCAAUUUUCCCCCGACUCCGAAAUGGCUUUCCCCCUCAACGAUACGAACCCUAUGUUGUUGGGUACAUUUCAUCAUACCGCGAUCCCCGAUCAGACCGCCUGGCCUUCUAGGCUUGGUCCCUCUCACAUAGUUGCUCCACUACCGCCCAUCGUCGCACCCGAAAUUCUUGAUCGCUUACAGGACAGGCGGACAGAGAAUGAGGGCGUUGUCUUUUGGCUUCGAGGCUUGGCUCAGGGGUUGGGAUAUCGCCUUGUCCCUUUCUAA